AUGACUUUUGUACAGCAGUUUCAAGAGGCAGGUGAAAGGUUUAAGUGUCUCAAUGGCCUUUUAUGGGUUGUUUUUGGGCUUGGUGUCCUGAAAUGUACAACUUUAUCGUUAAGAUUUUUAGCUCUCAUUUUUGACCUUUUCGUUUUGCCAUCAGUUAACUUUGAUAAAUACGGCGCUAAAACCGGCAAAUACUGUGUUGUUACUGGUGCUAGUGAUGGUAUUGGUAAAGAGUUUGCAAAACAAAUGGCCAAACGGGGGUUUAAUUUGGUAUUGAUCUCGAGAACCCAAUCAAAAUUGGAGACUUUACAAAAGGAACUGGAAGACAAAUACCAUGUUACUGUGAAAAUUCUGGCAAUUGAUAUUGCAGAAGAUAGUGAAUCUAACUACGAAUCCAUCAAGGAAUUGUGUGCGGAAUUACCAAUUACCGUUUUAGUUAACAACGUCGGCCAAUCACAUUCCAUUCCUGUUCCAUUUUUAGAAACAGACGAGAAAGAGUUGAGAGACAUCAUAACUAUUAACAACACUGCCACAUUAUUGAUUACACAAAUCGUUGUACCAAGAAUUACGGAAACCGUCAAAGCUGAAGGUAAGAAAUCAGGCCACCGUGGUUUAGUCUUGACCAUGGGUUCAUUCGGUGGAUUGAUUCCUACCCCAUUUUUGGCCACGUACAGUGGUUCUAAAUCUUUCUUGCAAAGUUGGUCUAACUCCUUAGCCGGUGAGUUAUCAAAGGAUGGUAUCGAUGUUGAACUGAUCAUUUCUUAUUUGGUUACUAGUUCCAUGUCUAAAAUUAGAAGAUCUUCGUUGAUGAUUCCAAACCCACAACAAUUUGUUAAAUCCACUUUGAGAAGUGUUGGGAGACGCUGUGGUUCUCAGGAUAGGUACGCCACUAUGACUCCAUACUGGGCUCAUGCAGUGUACCAGUUCGUAAUUACAGAGACGCUUGGUGUUUACUCAAAACUUGUUAAUACCAUUAACUAUUCUUUUCAUAAAUCUAUCAGAGUCAGAGCUUUGAAAAAAGCCGCUAGACAAGCUAAGAAAGAAUAA